UGCUCGGGCUGAGGCGGGGCCCCGCCGGAGCCGGCCCCCGCUCCGCCUCUUCCUCCCCGGCGGCCGUGGGGCGGGAAGGAACGGGGAAGGGAAGGGAAAGACGCGGGGCUGCCGGCCCCAUGGCCGCGGUGCUGCUCGCCUGGGGUGCAAACAGCUAUGGGCAACUUGGUGUUGGUCAUAAAGAGGAUGUGCUGAUACCUCAGUCACUGAAAGAUGUUUCCUGUAAAUGUGAAGACAUUAAGAGCAUUACUGGAGGAGGGGGACAUUCUGCAGUUAUCACUGGUGCUGGAGAACUCUUUGUGUGUGGCCAUAACAAAGAAGGGCAGCUGGGACUGAAUCACACAGAAGAUGUACUGCGUUUCACUUUGUGCACUGCCCUGUCUGGCUUUCAUGUAAAAGAAGUUGCCUGUGGCUGGGAUUUUACAAUCAUAUUAGUAGGAACUGGCGUAGUUCUGUCAUGUGGGUCUAAUGCUUUUGGACAAUUAGGAAUUCCUCAGAUUUCAGGUCCAUGCUUGACUCCACAAAAGAUUGAGUCCCUCAAAGAGAAAGUGGUGGAUAUUGCUGCAGGACUGAGACAUGCCCUUGCUGCUACAGAGAGUGGCUUGGUGUUACAGUGGGGCACUGGCAUGGCAUCUCGGGCAAAGCGUGCUAACCAAGGAAAAACGCUCCCCCUGUUCCUGUCUGCAAAGGAACCCUGUGAAGUGACAGGCCUGGAAGAUGUAAAAGUGAAGAGAGUUACUGCAAGCUCCUAUCAUUCCGUGUCACUUACAGAUGAAGGACACCUCUACGUCUGGGGUAGCAACAAACAUGGGCAGCUAGUGAGUGAAGAGAUUUUCCUUGUUGAGCCCAAGAAGAUAGAGACUCAGUUUUUCUCACAUGAAAAGAUUGGAGCAGUUUGGAGUGGUUGGACCCACUUGGUGGCACAAACAGAAACUGGGAAGGUGUUCACCUGGGGCAGAGCAGACUAUGGGCAACUUGGAAGACCCACGGUGGUUCCUGACAGGCAGGAGGCGAGCACAGCGUCUGAACAACACUUGGAGCUGUUGUGUAACGUCCCAAUUUCCGUGCCUUGCCUAAAUGGAGCAUCUCAGAUUGCAUGUGGCUCAGAGCAUAAUCUGGCAGUAGUUGGUGGCGGUCUUGUGCAUCAAUUAAUAAAUCAAGACAUAAGUUCAUUCGUAAUGUUGCUGGGCAGAGCUGGACACAGGGAACACAAAAAGAGCCAAGGUGCUGGCGUCAAGCAGGAGGUGACACUUGUUUCUCCUGGGGAUGGAACGAACACGGGAUGUGUGGAGAUGGCACAGAAGCAAACGUCCAGGUCCCAAAGCCAGUCAAAGCUCUCGGUUUUGCAAAACAGAUCUUAAUUGGAUGUGGGGCAGGACACUCCAUGGCUCUUUGUCAAACUUCACAUUAGACUCAGCACACCAGAAAUGAGCAUCGUGGAUGUGGAUGGACAUCUUUGUAUUGCAGAGCUCAGUGUUGCUGCGGGAAGAUUGCCUGUGAUCAACACAGCAGCUGGAAAGUGCCAAAGUUUGUUCUGAAACUAAAAAGAACGAGUAUGCAUAUAGAAGAGUAUUAGAAAAAAAUGAACAAUUAUUUUUUAAAUUAUUUCAUGGGUUCUUUACGCAUGUACUGACUUUCUUAUCUGCAGGUAGAGUGACAAACAUUUUGUCUUGAUGCAAUAUAAUUGAAGAAAGAAUGAAUUCUUGUUCUUUUGAGAAGUCUGCGAGGAGAAAGCUGACUGUCUAAUCACUUAUUAUUAGUGUAAAAAUCCAGCCUGAGGAUAUUAUUUUAUCUGCUUGUUACAAUGAGCAUAUGUUGCACCUGCCAGCAUCUGCUGGAGUUGAGAUCCUGGCAUCUUAGAAAAUCCAGUUUGCAUCACAGAGGAGUGCCAGUGAACAUAAGUAGAUGCAUACACACAUUUUAAACAGAAGAUCAGAAUUUAAAAAAAAGAAAAAAAAAGAGAGAGAAAGAAAAAGAUAAUUUAGAAAGUAGGCUGGCAAAAAGGAGAAAAUGAGGCCCUUCUGAAACAAGCUGCAGUUGAUUAAACUGUGAAAGGAGCAGUGUUUCUGAGGAAUUAUCGUCUGUCCCAGACAUCAAUUUAUUAUAAGUUUGCAGGGAUGCAGAUCCACAUGAAUUAUUAUUGAAUUGCAAAGCAAACCUAAAGUUUCUGAAGCUACUGCUAGGGAAGAAAAUUUUCUAAGAGCUCUUGGAAACAACAGGAGAGUUCUUGUUGAAGAGCAUAAGUCAGUUGUAGCUGUUGAGGACAGUUUGAUCCAAGAUAGCUCACAGUGUUUCCAGCUGCAUUUGAAUAGGAAGACUGCAAUCUAAAAACAAAGUUUUUACAAGUUCUCCAGCUUAUAAGACAGCAGUGUCGGGUUGGUUCUCGCAUCUGCUUGGCAGCCCAGCUGAGUUACUGAUCAGAGCAUGCCCACAGGAAUAGUUCCAGGUGAGUGCUUGGUAGAGAACAUAGGUCCAGCACUGAUUUUGGUGGCAAAAAUGGAGAAGUGCAAAUUGCCUUCUGAUAUCAUUAACUGCCUUUGAAGCUAUUUAUAAAACCGUUUUUCACACGUACGGUGGAUGCCAUUAAAGGGCUGUUAGAAAAUAGGACAGGAAAACUUUCUAAUGAUAUAACAGUUAACUCAUAAGGGGGAGGGAAUUAAGGUCAGAGUAUGAGCUGUGUGGCUUUCUCUCCUUGGUUGGCAGCAACUGUAGUUCAUAGAUAAUUUUCAGAUGUGUUUUCUUUUUCUAUUCAAUGGAGAAUAAAUUUGUAGUAUGAAGCUGCUUAUAAAAGCAUUACAGAUACUGGAAGAAACUGUAAGGAUAGUAGAACGGGCCUUCUGCAAAAGGUGUGAAAUUGAGUCUUCUGUUGGUUUUUUUUUUUUGAUCUGUGUUGGUUGUGGUUCUUCAUGGUAAUAUACUGUUCCAGGCUACCUCUGACAUGUUUUACUUAUCUGACUAAGCUGCUGUUUGCUGACUCCUCAAUACUAUUUUCUGCAUACAGCAUCCUCUCUGUUACAUGCACUGACCACUUUCUCCUGCCUUUUUGUCAGUCCUUUUUUGCUGUUUUAUCUGAGGGUUCUAUUUCUGUUUUCCUGAGAUCUGUGUACUGGUAAAUAUUAUCUCGUUUCAGUAGUCAUACCCUCUGAACGAUUUUGCUCCUUGAUUAAUGACAGCUGGUAUGUGACCCAUAGGACCUGGGGUUAUGGUGUUGAGAGUGCUUUGGUUGUGUAUGCUGUCGCUGCAGUUCCAUUCAGAGGAAUCCAGCAAAUUAUAUAACAAAUAAAUGUCACUACUUUAUUUGAAUUGUUGGUCACUUUUUCACAUCUGUAAGAUAAACAUGCCUUUGGAAAUGUGAAGAAUGAUUUGGGGUUUUAAAGAAUGAGAGUCCUUUGGUUUGUUUCUGGUCCUGUUCUUGAGUUUCAUAUUGCCUGUAUUCUUCAUCGUUUGAAAGGGGGGGGGGGGGGGACUGCUUUCUUUUCCCCCCCCCUUCUUUGUCUUGCCUAUAUAGAUUGAAAACAUCGGGAAGUAAUAACUUGUCUUGAGAGCUUGAAUUACUACAUGCUUUACAGUCGGUCAGGACCUCUAGAUGCUGCUGUAGCAUGAAGAGUGAAUAAUAAUUCAUUGUAGGUGGUACAUGGUUGAAUGUAAAAACAAAACCACCACCACAACGACAGCAAAAACCACACCGAGUUGUUGCUCAUUCACUCGGAAAUGAAUGCCCUGUUCUGUAUGUCAGUAUGCUUUGUUUACAGAAUAAAAUGUUGUACAAAA